UCACUUUUUCAUCGUGGAAGACCGAAUGCAGGGAUGAGCCUCACAGGCCAGGCAGUUCCCGUUCAUCAGGCUAACUUUAACCAGAGUGGUCCAACAGCGCCCCUUCUCAGCGUUAAUACAGAGAGGAACACACCAUCAACUUCACAGAUCCCCUUCGCAGCAGCCCCUAUAUACAACCUUCGCCCGUUCACUCGAAGGGGCCCAAGGAACAAGAGGUUCCACGCACAGUUAAGCAGUUCUGUGGCUCAUCCCUUCACCAGAGAGGUAAUUCUCCUGCCAGACCAUACAUAUACAGAUGUGCCAAGGCGUGCCAGGAAAGCUUGGCUUUUUGAAAAUGGACAUAUAAAAUCUGCCUUGGAAUUUGGCUGUGACUGGGACUCCGACAAAGUAAUGCAGGCAAUUAUGGCAGCCUUCCAGACAAUUGUGGAGGGAUGCAGGUUACAGAUCUUGAUGCCAUGCCACAACAAACUACUUGAGCCAUCCCUUACCUCCAAUCAGACUUUGAGUGGAGCCCUUGUCAAAAAACUGUUUCAUCAGAAGUCCAUUUAUGUCAGGCCUGACAAGGUCAUUUUAAGUGAGGAAAAAGAAUCCUCAUGUUCUGAUGAGGACAGUAGCCAUACAAACAGCCGUGAUGUCUCAGAAAUAUCGGACACUGACAAAUGUGGUAAAUAUUUUUAUCUACAUUCAUGCAAAGAAAUUUAAAUGAUGUUGGUUCUGUCACGACUGGUUGUGCAAGGUAAUUGGGAUUGGACCCAAAUGCAGAUAGAGGAGGCAGCAGGAGGAUUUUUUAGAUAUAGAGGAGUAAUGUCUACCUGAGCAGAAUGAAGUCUCUCUCCCUCUGUGUGUGUUGGAAUCAGAGAUUCUCUUUGCUUUGUUGACAUAGCCGGGCCGGCCGUAUUUGCUCAAAGUGACGGACUGUAGCUUUAAUGGAUGAUAAAGUGGUGGAAUCCGAUUGUGUAUUGGGCUGUAGCAUAUAUUUGUUCAGCUUUAAUCUGAGAGGGACAAAACACAGGAGCCAGCAACUAAAGAUGGAAAAUAUAUUUGAAGAUUUAAAAAAUAUAUCAAAGUGAGAGACAUGAUUGUAAACUCAUAAUCUGAAUCCAGAUUAUUUAAUGUGUUUGGGGACUUAAGGGUUGAAUAGAGUAGAUUUUAAAUUGUAGACAUCUUUGGGUCUCGGCUCAACAGCAUUCAGUGACUUUAUUGCAGCUACUUCAACAAAUGUAGUCAAUUUAAACACAGUCAGUGAAAUGCUGUUAAAACCUGUUAAGACUAUACGUAGCCUAUUUAACUUUCAAACUCCAUU